AUGGGUGACCACACCUCUAUCAAGGACGCGUCCAUUUCGGAAAAGAAGCAAGAACAGAUCACCAACGAGUAUCUCCAACAAGAUGAGCCUCCAGCAACCAUUGCAUCUAAACAAGCCGAAGACAAACUCCGUCGCAAGCUUGAUAGGUUCAUUGCGCCAGUGAUGAUGCUCCUAAUGUUGAUAUCUUAUCUCGAUAGAGGAAAUAUUGGCUUCGCGGCUACUCAAGGGAUGACGCAGGAUAUCAAACUUAAGGCGGUGUCUGUGUUUUACAUCUUUUACAUCUUAGCAGAGUUUCCUACCUCAAUCCUCGUCAAACGCCUCCAGUUCAACCGUGUUAUUCCAGUCAUCACAUUCUCGUGGGGUUUAGUGUGCCUAUGCACUGGGUUCGUGCAAAACUUCGCGGGUUUAAUUGUUUGUCGUAUUCUACUUGGCUUCUUCGAGGGCUGCUUGUUUCCUGCUAUGACACUUUUCAUGUGUAAUUGGUACACGAGAGAAGAGCUUGGAAUUCGUGUGGCUUAUCUGUUCGUUGCUAGUGCCCUGUCGGGAGCAUUCGGAGGUCUUAUUGCUUGGGGCAUUCUCCAUAUGGAUGGCGCGGCUGGCUACCCAGGCUGGCGAUGGCUCUACAUCAUCGAAGGCAUCAUCACUCUAGUAUGGGCCGUUAUCUGCAUCUGGGUCGUGCCCAAGAACUACGAAACAGCCUAUUUCCUCAACAGCGAUGAAAAAGCCAUCAUGCGCCAACGAGCCGAGCGCGCUGAAGCCUACUCUGGAGGUAGCGGCCACUAUGGCAAAGCAGAGAUCAAAGAAGCUGCCAAAGAUAUCAAAAGCUGGUUUCAUGGCACUAUUCAGAUCUUCGUGGUGACAAUCCUAUAUGGUUUCGGAACUUUUCUUCCAAUUAUAAUUCGUUACGGCUUCAAUUAUUCGACUGAGCAGGCACAAUAUCUUGUCAUCCCCGUCAACCUCUGGGGCGCAAUUGUCUAUGCCAUCGGUGCCUACCUUUCCGACCGCUAUCAAAAGCGCUUCUUGCCCCUAAUCCUCAUGGCACCCUUCGGCAUCGUAGGCUACGUCAUCCUCUUAUCCCCAGUCUCCACCGGCAUCCGAUACUUCGCUACCUACCUCAUCGCAACCUCAUGUUUCCUCUGCACGGGCGGCAACAUCACCUGGCUCUCUGUAAACUGCGCCCCGGACGGAAAACGCGCAGCAAGUCUGGGAAUCCUCCUCACCCUCACGAACAUUGGCGGUGUCGUCAGUGGCCAGAUUUAUCAGUCUAAUGCUGCACCUGGGUAUAAGCUUGGUCAUGGAUGGUCGUUGGGGUGUCUAGUGUUUGCUUGGUGCGCUUGGUGGGUUAUCUUUGCUAUCUACAAGCGACGUGAAAAGAGGAAGGAUGCAAAACUUGCAGCGGGAUAUACAAGGGUGGAAGGGAGUAUGUAUACGGAUCGUGAGCCAGAUUUUAGAUACCAGAUCUAG